GGCAUAAAAGUUUCCACUUCGCACCAAUCGCCAAAGCAGUUUCUGUUAGACGGGGCGUGAGAAAGAGGUGUCUGUCGAGUUUAAGGGUGGUUCGCAUAAAGGCAGGAAUCCAGAUCGUACCAACUUAAAAAGCGUCCAGCGCCAUACGCGGCAUCAUUAUCAAUCCCGAUUGCCCCGAAAGGUCCUUAGCCGCCACGUCGUUUGCCACUUCCGAGUGCGUCGAUUGUGCCAUUUAAACGGAUUUCUGUGAAUCUCCCUGGCCUCGGCGGACGGGACCGAGACCGUCCUUAUCACGGUCGACGCUUGGUCGAGAUUAAUUAUAAAAGCACUGGCCAGACGGCCGGCCGGAAUCAUUCGUUUGCUGCGUCCGCUCAGAGUCACCAGCCGCUCGAACCAACCCUUGAGCGGUGCCGAAACCUUGAAACCCGUUGUCCUUGUGAUCUGUGUGUGCGUGUAAGUGCGCUCUUCCCGGUUCUGGUUCUUGGGGCAAUACCCGGUUCAUCCUACUUGCUGCCGGAGGAAGUUGCAACGGUUGGUGCGGAAUCCACAGUGAAAAGUAUGGAGAAAAGUGGUGAAAAUGGCCAUGAAUCCCCCGAGAAGGAGGUUCGCGUUUGGUGCGACGGAUGCUAUGAUAUGGUACAUUUCGGCCAUGCGAAUUCCCUGCGGCAGGCGAAGGCUCUCGGGCACAAGCUGAUCGUCGGCAUCCACAACGAUGAGGAUAUUACAAGAAACAAAGGCCCACCAGUUUUCACACAAGAAGAACGAUACAAAAUGGUCCGCGGGAUCAAAUGGGUCGAUGAAGUGGUGGAAGACGCACCAUACGUUACAACGCUUGAAACCCUAGACAAAUAUGAAUGUGAUUUUUGCGUGCACGGUGACGACAUCACCCUGACGGCGGAUGGAGUCGACACAUACCAUUUGGUGAAGAAGGCAUUACGUUACAAGGAAGUCUCGCGAACGGCAGGGGUCUCUACGACGGAUCUGGUGGGGCGCAUGCUGUUACUGACAAAAAAUCACUUCAAACAAGGUGAAAAGGAAUAUGAAGUUGGCAAAGACGGAUCAUCACAGCUGGGGCAAGACCACACGGCCCGCAGUCCCUGGACCGGAUGCUCACAGUUUCUGCCGACAACACAAAAAAUCAUACAGUUCAGCGACGGCAAGUCGCCGAAACCGAACGAUCGUAUCGUGUACGUGGCCGGUGCGUUCGAUCUGUUCCACGUCGGGCAUUUGGAUUUUCUGGAAAAAGCCCGCAGCUACGGUGACUAUCUGAUCGUCGGCCUGCACACAGAUCCGGUGGUCAAUCAGUACAAGGGAGGAAACUACCCAAUCAUGAACCUGCACGAGCGUGUCCUCAGCGUAUUGGCGUGCAAGUACGUCAACGAAGUGGUCAUCGGUGCGCCGUACUCGGUAACGGCUGACUUAAUGGAACACUUUAACGUUGGGCUGGUGUGCCACGGUCAGACGCACAUUGCGCUCGACGUCGGCAAUAUCGAUCCGUACGCAAUACCGAAGCAGAUGGGAAAAUUUAUGCUAAUCGAUUCGGGUAACACCAUAACGACGGAGGACAUUGUCGAUCGCAUCAUCCGCCAUCGGAUAGAGUUUGAGCAGCGGAACCAGAAGAAAGAAAAAAAAGAAAUUGAAGUGUACGAAGCGCUGCAGAAGGUUAAAUUGGCACAAAAGUCCGGUUGACGGGUCGGUGGAGAGUGAUAAGCAUGGGCGGGACAUUUAGUCGGUGUUCUCGCACGUUGUUUUUGAGUUACGUGUUCAGCAUCAUUCCUUUUAGUGUGCGGUACGAGGGCAUGUCCGUGGCACGUGUGUUUUACAAAUUCGGUUUAUUCGUUCUGUUUGUUUCUUGUUUACGUUAGUCAUGUAGUGCUUAUGAUUUUACUUCUAUUCCGGCAUCCGGUGUGUAGCGUAUUUGUUCUAGAAAACGUUUGGCCGGCCUAUAGUAUGAGUGCUAGGCAAAACCACAGUGCAAAAUUGGUAUUGAGGAAGCUAGUGGUAAUCAAGAAACAAAAACCAAAACCUUAGUGUGGUGUGGCGGUUGUGUGAAUCUCUAAUUUUUCGUCCACCACAAACCAUGCCGAGAAUAAAUCAUGUACUUUAUCAUUAUCUCAUUAAAGAGUUCAUGCUCCUUCCUUCGAUUUUUACUAGUAGUGUGGUACAUAAUCGGCCAUAACCUGAUUUACAUGGGAGUUUAACAAUUACCUCUUCAAUUUGAAAAGAUCAAGCUUCUCAUUACAGAAAAGAUGAACCUUAUUUGGAAGGAACUUAAACAUGAUUGGAACUCUUUCCUUCGCAUAAAUUUGUUUAUUUCUUUCAAUUGGACACACGUUGACAACUUAAUUAAACACAGACAAAGCUUUGUGAGUUUAAAACACUAGUUAUCGUACGUUUCGAGAGGCAAGCAAUGUAUUUGAUUGAAGCAAACGAUCCGAACAAUUAACGACGAUCGUCGGUGUGACCAAGUGAUGGUGCUUUGAACCCGUUUAGUGUAGUUACUACUAGGGAGGAUAGUAAACCAAUUAUUAAAACAAAUUACGACGCACGGGAAGGCUAAGCAAUCACCUAGUUAAUACUGUCAGUCGCAACAGGAACAAGGAAACACGGCGUUGGAACGCGCGAUUCCUUGCGAAUGGAAGCGUGAACGGUUUGCGUUGUAAAAGCGCAGUAAAAGUCAGAAGUUUGCGUACACGUUUCAACAUUCAACAUCCGCAAUGCAAGGGCGUGAGUUACUAUAAUAACAGAAAAUUAUACUAAUGCUUGUCGCUUGUUUUCUACAAUCGACGAUCGCCACCGGAGGAGUAAAUGCAGAGAAGUGUCUAUUGGAGGAGUGAAUACAAUCCAGCGCGUGUACACAAUGACGCGUGGUAACAAAUCUCAACUGAAAGUCAAAAUAUUGCGGUCCUCACUAGACACCUCUGUAUUUAUUCCUCUAAUCUAAUUUAUAUACGUCGACGUUGCGGCUCUUUGCCUUCUCUCGCCAACGUUUGUGUCGUCGAGUGUGUCGAGUAAACUUUGUUCGUUGUCCGUGACCGUGGCACGAAAGGUGUGGACGUUGUGAUCGCCACUACAGGUAGCAAGUUUGUUAAGCUAAUGCUGAUUCCCAAACGAUCGGAAAGCGAUUGAGUUGGGGAAUGGGACGCUAAAAAGCCGGAGAAAAGCAAUGCCCUUAUUAUGCUGGUGUCUAGGCCUGUGUGUAUCGCGAAGAGGAAGUAAAGAUUCGAACAAUUGUAUGUUACUAUCGGUACUUUUUCAAACACUCCAGCAUGGAAAACCAAAUAAAUAAAACUUCACAUUUUACGCGUACA